CAAGAACAUACACUGGCUCUGGCUCUCCUUGUGGAGAGAGCUGGAGAAAUAAAUGGCAGCUACUCCAACCCAACUCUCACUACUCUCCAAACCAUCACCAUAUGAACGCUUAAACCAAACCAUUCCUCGAACCAGACUCACUCCAACCAAAACCACCGGUCGGUUCAAAUGUCUGGCCAGCCAGAGCGGCUUCUUCACGAAGCUUGGGAGAUUAAUCAAAGAGAAAGCCAAGAGCGACGUCGACAAAAUAUUCUCAGGUUUCUCAAAAACCAGAGACAACCUCGCCGUAGUUGAUGAGCUUCUUCUUUACUGGAACCUCUCCGAUACCGACAAAAUCCUCGACGAACUUGAAGAGAUACUGUUAGUGUCUGAUUUUGGACCGAGGAUUACAAUUAAGAUAGUGGAGAGCUUGCGGGAAAAUAUAUUAUCUGGAAAGCUUAAAUCCGGCAGCGAAAUUAAGGAUGCAUUGAAGAAGAGUGUGCUUGAAUUCUUAAUCAAUAAAGGCAAGAAAACUGAACUUCAACUUGGAUUCAGGAAGCCUGCUGUUAUUUUGAUCGUUGGUGUCAAUGGAGGUGGGAAGACUACAUCUCUUGGAAAGCUGGCACACAGGUUGAAGAAUGAAGGGGCAAAAAUAUUGAUGGCUGCGGGUGAUACAUUUAGGGCAGCUGCCAGCGAUCAGUUGGAGAUUUGGGCUGAAAGGACCGGAUGUGAGAUUGUUGUAGCUGAAAAGGAAAAUGCAAAGGCAUCAUCAGUUAUUUCACAGGCUGUUAAAAGAGGGAAAGAACAAGGAUUUGAUGUUGUUUUAUGCGACACAUCUGGACGGCUUCAUACAAACUACAGCCUUAUGGAAGAGUUGAUUGCAUGUAAGAAAGCUGUCAGCAAAGUUGUUCCUGGAGCACCUAAUGAGAUCCUUCUAGUGCUGGAUGGCAACACUGGUUUGAAUAUGCUUCCUCAAGCGAGAGAGUUCAAUGAAGUGGUUGGAAUAACCGGGUUGAUUUUGACUAAACUCGACGGUUCUGCUAGAGGUGGCUGUGUGGUCAGUGUAGUAGAUGAGCUUGGCAUCCCUGUAAAAUUCGUGGGUGUUGGAGAAGGUGUUGAAGAUCUCCAACCCUUUGAUGCUGAGGCCUUUGUCAACGCUAUAUUUCCAUAAACCCUAUGAUGUGGUUAGUACUUGGUACACGGUGUGUACCUAGUAGUUUGACCAGAACUCAAUUAUUCUCAAACAACAUCAGGUGAUCAUUUCUAAACUAGGCACUUGUUUUAUUAUUUACAGAGUGAUCGGUCUUGCGAAUAGCUGAUAGGUCCUGAAGGUAUUGCUUCUGUGACAAGGGCAAGUAUUCAAAAUGCAAAAUGCACAGAUGUGAAGUGGCUUCAUUUGAAUGUCCUGCCCCUUUCUCUUGACGGGAUUACUAAUGCAAGUUAAUGUUGUAUCUACAUAAUAGUGAGCGUUUUGAAUGAACGCUUGAAAAUUGAAAUUCUAAACUGAGGAAUGUUUUUAUUA